UAUGGAUAAGAAGCUUUUGUGCCUCUCAAGUUUGACAGCCUCGCGAUACUGCUUAUCUAUAUGACCACUCACACGACUUCGCAGCCACGAUUACCUGUGCCUUGCUAACCCGCGUUCAGCAGUCUUGGCAACGCCUUUGACACCAUGAACCAGGAGUCUGGAUUCUUUAGAGCAUUUCUGCAUCCUGCUUGCCUACCACCAACAUGAUGUUUUGCGUUAGGCACAAAUCCGUGUGGCCAUAGCAGAAGAUAACGCUUCGGACCUGCUUAGAAUCGUAGAGUAUGUACGCCAGCCAAGUACGCUUGCUGUCUUGGAGUCUUGGAAACGCCAUCCCCGAUUACCGAAUCAGGAAGCUGGAAGCAAUUCAUCCGUCUAAGAGGCUGGCAAUAGAAAGUCCCAAGCAAUCGACUUUGAAUAAAUAACAACAAGAUGGCGACAGUCUGUGUCUGCACGAUUUGCAACUUCUACUCGUCGCAGCAUUCUUACCGCUGCCCGCCAUGAAGGUCUCCGCUCUCCUCGGUUUGCUUCCUGGCGCUGUUCUCGCGUCAGAUGUCCUGAGCGUUGCGUUCUACGCAAAGGAGAAGAACCAGCUAUACGACUUCAUCUCGGCCAACAGCGAGAUCGAUUAUGGCUGCCGUCCUGUUGUCAUGGCUGCCGGUGGCGAGCACAAGCUGCACGCUGUCAUCUCAGAGGACCAUUUGGACCACUUCAAGCGAAGUUUGGAUCCAGAGCUCGUUCGUGUUGAACUUUUGCACAACAUGAACAAGCGACAGACUGCAACUGCACCUAUCGGCAAGGGCGAUCGUUUCAAGGGUGGAAAGGUCGCGCCUCGCGGUCUCGGUACGAGGAAGCCCAGCGAGUACGCACAACUUCAGAGUGCCGGUGUCUUCAACAUAGACGAGGUCUACACCGCCAUGAAGGGUCUAGAGAAGGAAUACGGCAUGUCGCUCUUCACGACGCCGGAAAAGACCUUCGAGGGGCGAUCGAUCAUUGGUGGUGUUGCCAACAAGGCGGAGAAGAUCAAGAAGGACAAGCAGUACAUUUACUUCACUUCUGGAAUUCACGCACGUGAGCGCGGUGGACCUGACAACCUGAUCUACUUCGUCUCUGACCUGCUCUAUGCAAACGAGCACCGCAUCGGCCUGACCUACGGCAACAAGAAGUACACCAAUAGCCAGGUUAAGAAGGCUCUUGGGGCGGGAAUUGUGUUCAUUCCUAUGCUGAACCCUGAUGGUGUGAACCACGACCAGACAAACAGCAACCUCUGGCGAAAGAACCGCAACCCCGCCUCUUCUACGCCUGGUGUUCCGCUUAGUGUUGGUGUAGAUCUCAACAGGAACUUCGACUUCCUCUGGAACUUCACUGAGAAGUUCGACCCCUCCGUUGCCCCUGCUUCAACGAACCCCACUUCGCAGGCUUUCUACGGCACUGCACCAUUCUCCGAGCCAGAAUCGAGAGACAUGGCUUGGGUGUACGACCAAUACCCCAACAUACACUGGUACAUUGACGUUCACUCCGCUGCCGGAACUUUGCUCUACUCAUGGGGUGACGACGUCGAUCAAUCCCACGAUCCAAAGCAGAACUUGUUCAACCCAGCUUACGAUGGAAAGCGCGGUAUCGUCGAAGACGAGCUGUACAGAGAGUACAUUGACCAAGAAGACUGGGACAACAUCCGUAUCGCUGCUAACCGUACCACUGAUGCCAUGAUCUCCGUCGGCGGCCGCGAGUAUGUUCCCCAACAAGCUGUUGGUCUCUACCCUACUUCUGGUGCUACAGACGACUGGUCAUUCAGCCGCUGGCACAAGAAUAAGAAGCUCACCAAGGUGUACGGUUACACCAUGGAGUUCGGUUACCCAACCAACUUCUACCCCACAAGCGAGGAGUACAUCCAAAAUAUUAUUGAUACUAAUGCUGGUUUUAUGGAGUUUAUCCUCACUGCUGAUGAGAUUGGACUCAAGGCCUAGAUCUGUAAUGGCAGAAUGUGGCUCACGCGGUAGCAGUUAUGUGGAAGUGACGACAUUAUGAGAAACGAGAGACGAUGUGUUGUAGCUGUAGCAUUAAGAAGAGAGUACCACCCAUUAGUCAUUAAUCUAUUCGCUGGUAAAGCACGCCUUG